AUGGUUCUUUCAAUUUGUUUGAAAUCAAAAAAUGCUUUCAUAAGUAUGAUCAACGUUUGGGGUUUCAGACAAAUUAAUUUAAUUACAGGUCAUGAUUUUGCUUUAAAAUUUUGUCGUUACUUUUCUGCGGCUCCCCCAGCAAAAACCUCAUAUGGCGGAUUGAAAGAUGAAGAUAGAAUCUUUACAAAUCUCUAUGGAAAGUAUGGUGACUGGUACAAAACGAAGGAGAUAAUUCUCAAGGGUCCGAAAUGGAUUAUUGGUGAAGUCACCACAUCUGGCCUUCGUGGUCGUGGUGGGGCUGGAUUUCCAAGUGGAAUGAAAUGGGGAUUUAUGCUUAAACCUUUUGAUGGGCGGCCAAAAUAUUUGGUAGUGAAUGCGGAUGAAGGCGAGCCGGGGACGUGCAAGGACAGGCAAGGAUAUUUUGAAUAAUUUUUAUUAAAGUAGCAGACUUUUAAUGGGAAAGAAGGCUGUUGACCUUUUUAAUGGGAAAGAUAAAAUGCAUUCGGAACACAAAAGUGACGUCAAUGAUUUAGCAUCUUUAUUAGGUCACCUGAACUUUUUUCUGUAUAUGUUAGCUAACUCAUUCGGUUAUUUGAGCAGACAUUACGAACCGCCUGCACUUUAUCUCUC